CAUUGUUUGUGUCUGUUGCAAUUCCAUUCAGAAACUGAGGCGAUUGGAGCAGGGCAGGCGAUGAAGAGAAUCCCACGCAUCAAAUUUCCCCAACGCCAUCGAAAACCCUCUGGUACAACCAACCAUGUAGAUGACAUGUCCGCACAUGAUCUCAAGAAUGAUGAUCUUGUAAUGAAAUUCUUCUCAAGGGCUCCAUCCGCUGCAUCGGGAGGGAAGGCUUCUGAUCAGCCCAAAAGAACUCCUGUUACUCGAGAGGAGAUUGAUUCCGUCAUGUUGGGUGGCUGUUUCUGACUCGGGCCGAGAGAGGCAUCCCGUUGGAGGAAUACUGAUACGAGUAUUCUACCAUUAUUUAUUAGUUUAGAUAUAUUAGGGAUUUGCAUAUCUUUUCUUAUAUUUGUUUCUUGUUUCCUAAGCUAGUAUUCUAGUAUUAUAAAUAGGGCUAGGUUGUUAUCGUUUUAAUCAU